AUGGGCUGUUCCUGCAGCACGGACUCGGACAGCGACUGGAUGGAGAACUUGGAUGAAGUCUGCGAACACUGCAACUGUCCCAUCCCCCCCCAGUCCAGCAACCCAUACACAGAUCAGCUUAUUCCAUACGGAUCACAGAGUUCACCUCCGACAUCACCUUUACCAGAUAACAUCAGAUUGGCCAUCUACAGCUACGAACCUAAACAUGAGGGGGACCUGGGCUUUGAGAAAGGAGACAAGCUCAAGAUCAUCAACAAGGAUGACCCAGAGUGGUACAUGGCCGAGUCCCUCACCACAGGCCAGCGGGGCUACAUCCCAUACAACUUCAUUGCGAUGACCACCAUGGAGACUGAGCCGUGGUUCUUCACGAACAUUUCUAGAAAUGAUGCCAUGAGGCUCCUCCUCGCUCCGGGGAACACGCAGGGUUCCUUCCUGGUUCGAGAGAGUGAGACAAGCAAAGGGUCAUACUCAUUAUCAAUCAGGGAUUUGGACCACAACACAGGUGAAGGGGUCAAGCACUACAGGAUCCGCAACAUGGACAAUGGUGGCUUCUACAUCACAUCCAAGAUCUCCUUUAACUCUCUGAAGGAGCUGGUCCAGCAUUACUCACGUGAAGCAGACGGGUUGUGCACAAUCCUGGUGAAGCCCUGCCAGUCCAGGGCGCCACAGAAACCCUGGUGGCAGGACGAGUGGGAGAUUCCCCGUGAGUCCCUGAAACUGGAGCGCAGGCUUGGAGCCGGCCAGUUUGGAGAGGUCUGGAUGGGUCUCUACAACAACGACAGAAAGGUGGCGAUUAAGAAUCUAAAGAUUGGCACGAUGUCAGUGGAAGCCUUCCUGGCUGAAGCCAACAUGAUGAAGAACCUGCAGCAUCGUCACCUCGUCCGCCUCUUCGCCGUCGUCACCCAGGAGCCCAUCUUCAUCAUCACAGAGUACAUGGAAAACGGCAGCCUGGUGGACUACCUGAAAACCCAGGAGGGAAUGAGUUUGCCCAUGAACACUCUGAUAGACAUGUCAGCUCAGGUGGCUGACGGCAUGGCGUUUAUCGAGAGGAAAAAUUACAUCCAUCGAGACCUGCGAGCUGCAAAUAUUCUAGUUUCGCAUGAGCUCACGUGUAAGAUUGCAGAUUUUGGCCUCGCGAGGCUCAUAGAGAACAACGAAUACACAGCCAGAGAAGGUGCAAAGUUUCCUAUUAAAUGGACCGCACCAGAAGCUAUAAACUAUGGCACUUUCUCCAUAAAAUCUGAUGUGUGGUCAUUUGGGAUUCUCCUCACAGAAAUUGUAACAUAUGGACGCAUUCCUUACCCAGGUAUGUCCAACCCAGAGGUAAUCCAGAACCUGGAGACAGGUUAUAGGAUGCCGAAACCAGAGGACUGCCCUGAUGAGCUUUAUAGCAUCAUGCACGAAUGCUGGAGGGAGAAACCUGCAGACAGACCCACGUUUGAGCACCUGAAAAAUAUGUUGGACGAUUACUUCACUGCCACAGAGAGGCAGUACCAGGAGUAG